AAUGAAGAUUACCAUACAACAUGAGGAAUAUAUGAACUUACUACUAAACAUCUGCAGUGUUAUUUAUAGGGGACAACAUUAGGGGUUCCCUGCAUUGCACAUAUACCACACUGACGAAGAGGAGGAGACAUCAGCAAGAAUCUCGUGGGAGUUCAGAUGUUUCUUCAUUCUUCACCACAACUGUUGAAUUGAUUUUUUAAAAAGAGCAACUGGUGAGUUUCUUGCCGGUUUCUUCUCAGCAGAACCUGCCUUCCGAACCGGUGGUAGAAUCUUUACAAAUAGUCAAGUGACAAGUGUCAAAAGUGCUUGUAAACUGAGCCUACUUGAAAUAAAAAAAAAUAAUAAAUUGUGGUGAAGAGUGAAGAAAAAAUGAAGAUUACCACACAACAUUAGGAAUAUAUGAACUUUCUACUAAAAAUCUGCAGUGUUAUUUAUAGGGGACAACAUUAGGAGCUGUCUGCAUUGUACAUAUACAACACUGAAGAAGAGGAGCAGACAUCAGCAAGAUUCUCUAGUGGGAAUUCAGAACUUUCUUCAUUCUUCACCACAACUGUUGCAUUAUCAGUUGUGGUGAAGAGUGAAAAAAGAAUGAAGAUUACCAUACAACAUUAGUAAUAUAUGAACUUACUACUAAAGAUCUGCAGUGUUAUUUAUAUGGGACAACAUUAAGAGCUGCCUGCAUUGUACAUAUACCACACUUAAGAAGAGGAGCAGACAUCAGCAAGAAUCUCUAGUGGGAGUUCAGAACUUUCUUCAUUCUUCACCACAACUGUUACAUUAUCAGUUGUGGUGAAGAGUGAAAAAAGAAUGAAGAUUACCAUACAACAUUAGGAAUAUAUGAACUUACUACUAAACUUCUGCAGUGUUAUUUAUAGGGGACAACAUUAUUAGCUAUCUGAUUUAUACAUAUACCACACUGAAGAAGAGGAGCAGACAUCAGCAAAAAUCUCUAAACAUGAACAUGGAGAAAAAAGUAGAGAAAAUAACUAAGAAAAGAAAACUCGAGGAACCAGGUGAUAUCGACAAACCCGUGCCUAAAAAACGCCUAACUACGAAAAAAAAAGAUACUGGUGAAACAUCCGCUACUCUACCGAAACCUAAGAGAAAUAUAGUGAAAAAGAGUGAACCAAAAUCAAGAAGCGCUAAAAAAGAAAAAGAAACUUUUAAUGAAAAUGACUUCGAGAAUCAAAAUAAGGAAAACAAAGAGAGCGACGAAUAUAACAAUUAUUUGAAUGAGGUUGACAUGCUGUCUUAUUUUGAAAAAAUACCUCCUUUACUAGCCCAGAAAUUUAUCAGUCUACUGUCUGAUGGAUGCACACUACCGUUUAUUGCGCGAUAUAGAAAAGAAGCUGUAAAUCAUUUAAUGCCUGAUCGACUUCAAGAACUAUAUGAUAGCUACCAAAAUGUUAUUCAACUGAAAAAGAAAGUAAAAUCUGUUUUGGAGACAUUAAAGAAGUCAAAUAAAUUGACACCAGAAAUUGAACAGAGUAUUCUGAAUGCGAAAAAUUUAUCAGAAGUGGAUUUAGUGUAUAGUCCGUUAAAAUCUCAUUCCCUGUCAUUGGCUGAGAGAGCUCGCAACUUGGGCCUAGAGUCACAUGCAGUCAAUGCACUGAAUGGAGGAUUUGUAGAUGUCAAAAAACUGUGUGAUAGCUCUGUAGAAGAGUUGGCCAGUUUUGAUAAAGUUGAAGCUCAUUUGACACAUCUAAUAGCAGACAUUAUUUAUAAAGACACAAGAGUUCUUCAACAAAUGAGGACGUUAAAAGAAGAGACCAGAUUUAUUUUACAAAGCAGCAGAACAAAAAGUUCUACAAAGGAGAAACCACAGAAUGACAAUAAAAAGCCUGACACGAAGACGGAUCCUGAGACAUACAAACUGUACUUUGAAUGGAAGUGUCCUGUGAACUUUGUGAAAUGUUAUCAAACACUAGCAGUUAACAGGGGCGAAGAUGAAAAGAUACUUUCAGUGAAAGUUGUUGUGCCUGAUUGGUUUUAUAACAAGCUUGAAAGGUAUUGCCUAACACUUUGGAAAAGCAAACACUGGGUGUGCAAAGGUCUGGGCGACGCGUACAACAGGCUAAUCAAACCGUGGCUCUCGAGGAAGGUCCGAGCCGAUCUCACCAAUGCCGCUCAGAAAGAGGCCGUCAAAACGUUCACCACUAACUUGGAGAAGUAUUUACUUACUGAACCUGUCAAGAAUAGGCCGAUAGCUGGCUUGGACCCUGGAUUCAAAGCUGGGUGUAAGGUAGGUGUCAUAGAUGCCACGGGUGCAAAGUUAGAGGCUUGCAACAUCUACCCUCACUUCCACAGCGACAAUGAUCCCGCGGCUAGCCAACUGACUAAUCUACUAUCGAAACACAGAGUGGAACUGAUCGGGCUAGGCAACGGCACGGCGUGUCGGCAAACUGAAUCGUGGUUGAAAAAACAUCACAUAUCUGACAAAAUUCCGGUCAUCAUAGUGCCUGAACAAGGUGCAUCCAUUUACUCUAUCAGUAAAGAAGCUCAAAAGGAACACCCAAACAUGGACCCUAAUUUAAUAUCAGCUCUAUCGAUUGCUAGAAGAGUGUUGGAUCCUUUAGGAGAACUAAUAAAGGUCGAGCCGAAGAAUUUGGGCGUAGGCCUUUAUCAACAUGACAUUCCGCCGAAAAUGCUGGAAACAGCUUUAGAUGGUACCGUGGAGAAAGUUGUCAGUCUGGUCGGGGUAGAUCUCAAUACUGCGUCACAGGCUAUGUUAAGGCGUAUUUCCGGAUUAAACGAGGGCCGUGCGAAGAAAAUAAUGGCGUAUCGUCAAGAAAAUGGCGGAUUUAAAUCCAGAGCGGAGAUAAUGAAAGUGGCGGGCAUCGGGAAGAUCACGUACCAGCAGUGCGCCGGCUUCCUCAAGGUGUUGGGUGGGCCGGAGCCGUUGGACACCACCAUCAUACAUCCGGAGAGUUAUACUGUUGCUAAGUCAUUUGCCAAAAAAAUUGGCGUCAACAUAAAGGAGCUGAACCAACCACAGUUUCCCCGACAAGUCGAAAUGAAGACAUACAACAUCGACUUAUCGACUAUGAGCAAAGACCUGGACGUCGACGUCAGUACUCUGGAGCUCAUUGUAAAUGCAUUCAAACAAAAAGCGUACGAGGACAACAUGAUCACCUUCUGCCGGCCCGUUUAUUCUAUGACGGUGCAGAAUAGCGAGCAGUUGGAGAAAGGGAUGUCGUUGACAGGUGUGGUACGAAACGUAGUCCCCUUCGGCUGUUUCGUUGACUGCGGCGUAGGCGACAACGGCCUCAUCCACACGAAAAACUUGGGCAACGCUAACCUGAAGCUGGGCGACAGGGUUGCUGUCACGGUCAUCUCCACCCCUAGACCGAAGAAAUUACAACUGAAACUGGACAAAAUACUUGACUGAUACUGUGACUGUGAUAAUCACUUGUAACUGUAUUUUUUCAUUAUAUUGUGUUUUAUUAAUUAUAAAGAAUUGUCAAUGUAGGUUAACUACGUUAAAUGAAAAGAAAGUUUUUCUGAAAUACAAAAAAAAAACAAAAUUCAUUUAUUUCAAGGAAAGAAUGAUGAUUUUGAAAAAGUUUUUAAAAUUAAGGCUUUUACAAGCACUUGUGAAACGUCAAGUUUGACUAUUUCUAACCAGAGGGCCUAGUGGCAGUUUGAUACUGUUACCGUCACGUAACGUAAACGCGACUUUCUAAGGAAUUGAAACAGCGCCAUCUAGUGGCACUACUGCACAACUGUUUCAAUUUCAUAUAAAUUUACGUAAACGUCAACGUGAUAUAACUGUAACUGGACAAAAUACUUGACUGAUACUGUGAUAAUCACUUGUAAGUGUAUUUUUUCAUGUUGUUGUGUUUUAUUAAUUAUAAUGAAUAACGCAUUGUCAAUGUAGCUUAACUACGUUAAAAUAAAAUGUGUUUAAAAAAAAAA